GUCAUUUCCGAAAAAUAGUUUUUAUUUUGUGAUGGGUUGAUUAUCGGCAGAUCUUUCACUUUAAACAUGGGGUAUCGUUACAUUUUACUAGUAACACAUAGUAAUUUACAUAUGGUGACAGUUCUAGCGAUCACUAAUCAGCCUGUGUAACCUAUGAGUUGUCCCCCCCGUAUAUUUAUCUAACCCCUAGGCGAUACUGAAGAUAGUUAACGUUAGCUCUAUCACGUGCCAUAAUUCCGUAAAAAUGGCAUAGUUUUUGUCGAGAAAGUUGAUUGGAAUGAAAAUUCUCUCUUAAUUUUCAAAAAUAUUUAUCACCAAAAUGCUCAAACGUAAAAUAACCUCUACUUUUAACAAUAAUAAAAAACAAAAAGCAACCACUUUAACACAAAGUUCUCUUUCUUCUUGGGUCAACCCUCAGCCACAAACCCUUAGUACUAUUAAUUCAGAAACCUUAUUCAAUAAAAUAGGAAAUGAAAAUAAAGAAUUGUUGAGCUUGGAAAUUAAGACUAUGAAUAGCGAGUGGCUGAAAGUUUUAAGCGGCGAAAUGCAGAAACCCUACUUUAUAGAGCUAAAGAAAUACCUUCAGAAUGAGAAAGCUAAUAAUAAGAAAAUUUUUCCACCUGAACCGGAAAUAUAUAGCUGGUCAAGAUUUACCCCACCAUCUUCAGUCAAAGUUGUCAUUAUAGGACAAGAUCCUUAUCACAAUGUCGGUCAGGCUCAUGGCUUGUGUUUUAGUGUUCCACAUGGCGUCCCACCACCACCAUCGUUGAUCAAUAUAUAUAACUCCUUGAAAAAGGAUAUUCCGUCAUUUCAGAUUCCGAAACACGGUAAUCUUAUCAAUUGGGCCAAGGCUGGAGUCCUCCUUUUAAAUACCUCUCUCACUGUACGAGCCCAUGAGGCAGCAAGUCAUAGUGGAAAAGGAUGGGAGAAAUUUACUGAUGCUGUGAUACAAUAUUUAAACGAGAAAGAGAAUGGAUUAGUUUUCAUGUUAUGGGGAAAUCAUGCUAUUAAAAAAGGAAAAAAUAUUAACGAGAACAAACAUCUCGUUCUGCAAACAGUCCAUCCGUCACCAUUGUCUGCCCAUCGUGGAUUUUUGGUGUGUUGUCAUUGGUCUAAAGCCAAUGCAUACUUGAAAUCUCACGGCAAACAAGAAAUAGAAUGGAAUUGUUUGUCAGCAGCUGAUUAACGAGUCACUUAAGUUUGCAGAAAUACUUUAUUACUUUAAAUAUUCUCUGAUAUGGAAACUAGUUGCAUUUUCUCUUUUUUUCUUGUAAAUAUAUACGUAAUAAAUAUAAUAAAAUGACGAGUUUAAUAAAAUACUAAAUUGAUGCUCUCCGCAUCUGCUGGUUGGAUGGGGGUGCUGAUAUAGAAAUGUUUAUGUAUAGUAAAAUUUUAUUUCCUAAGAAAGCUGCUGCUUCCAGUGAGGAUAAAAAAAAAUAAAAAAAAAAAAAAUAAUAUACUAAAUUGGAAAAUCAUU